AUGAUGACCUCAGGAAGCUUGGAAGGAGAUGUUUACCUGCUGGCCAGGAAUGCACCAGAGUCUGCCAGGCUUGUUGAGCAACACCGGAUGGCUACAGAGCUCUAUGGCCAGCUCAUUCAUCCCACGAUAAUGCCGCAUCUCCCUCAGAGGCCCAAAAUCGCCGACGUUGCAUGCGGAACCGGUGUCUGGGCUUUACAUGCCGCACAGAUACUCCCAGAGGCGCAACUAGUAGCCUUUGAUCUUUCCUCGGCACAAUUUCCAUCUUCCAAGCCCGAGGGAAACGUUACCUUUGAGGUGGCAGACGCCAAGCAACCAUUCACAGAAUCUUUUCAUGGCACAUUUGACCUCGUGCACAUCCGUGCCCUGUUCGCAGCCAUGCACCCGCCAGACUGGGAAGUGGUGAUGCAGAAUAUCGUCCAGUUGCUCAAGCCGGGCGGUGUUGUUCAGUGGGAAGAAGCUGAUAACACUGUGCGCUGCCUGCGAGGAUCAAAGGAGUUUCAGCGCUACAAUGGCAUUCCCCUAGUUCUGGCCAAAUUUGGGGAGGCCAUGGGAGACAGACGAUCAAGCAUGAUGAGAGAAUUGCCAGCUGCCGCUUCAACCACAGGCUUGAAAGACAUUGAUAUUGAUGUCUCGUCAACUGACCGCAUUCCCGAAUUCAGGGUUGACAUGACCCGCCAAUAUUUGAUGGCGAUAACUGGAUGGGCCGAGAAGGCGGCUGUUUGGAAACCGGAGGAGCUGGCAAAGGUGAGAGAAGAUGUUGAGGACGACAUUAAACGCGGCGCUUACUGCCGCUUGGAUACGAUCAUUGUUGUCGGUAAGAAGCCGUGA